AUGAGGAAUUUCCUAAAAAUUUUCUCAAAUGCUCAGUCCGGUCACACUCCAGUGAGUUACGAGUCAUCAUCAGGAGGGCGAAGAAAAAAUUCUCAUGUACAUUUGGGCAGAGAAUUUGAAGGAACAUUAGAGGAAAGAUGUCAUUUAACAGAAGAUGUUCAUGUGGAGAUGGAUCCAAAUGGAUCCUCGACUGGAGUGCGAAACCCGAAAAGUCUGAACCAAAAUAAACCACAUCCCCUAAAUAAAGCGAGCUCGGUGGUUGAUGGAUUUUUCAGUCCGAGAAAGCAAGGUGCUAAAACCAGAAGGCCAAGAUGUGUAUUUGUGAUGAUGGUGGCCGGCUUGAUUGGCAUAGGAACCGGUAUCUUCAUAUUUUUGGCCCAUCCUUAUGACUUGAUAUUCAAAUGGAAAUCGAUUUUAUCCGAUGGUAGUGAAAGCUUUGGAAUGUGGAGUGAUCCUCCAGUCGAACUUCGGGUUAAAAUCUAUAUAUUCAAUGUUACAAAUGCCGAAGCCUUUCUCAAGGGCGAAGAAAAAAUGAUGGUUGAAGAGGUCGGACCUUAUAUUUAUAUGGAAGAUCCAAUUCAUGACAAUGUGGUAUUUAAUUCAAAUGGAACACUUUCGACAAUUCCAAGACAUCCCCUAAAGUCAAUUCCUGGUGGUAGAAGCGAGGACGACAUUCUAAUGGUGCCCAACAUCGCGCUAUUGAGUAUAACGCAGUCAAACGUAGAUGCAUCGUACUUUACAAGAUUGGGUGUGAAUCUUCUAGUGCGACAAACAGGUUCCGAGCCACUUGUGCGAAUGACGGCACGGGAGUUUAUGUUUGGCUACAAAACACCACUUGUUACUCUAGGAAAUAAUUUGCUACCGGGGUGGAUCAAAUUCGAUAAACUUGGGUUGAUCGACAGGAUGUACGAUUUUGAAGGGGAUUAUGAAACCGUCUAUACUGGUGAAACUGACCUGCGCAUGUCUGGUCUCCUCGCAACUUACCGCGGUUCUCGUUACCUGCCGCAUUGGCCAGGAAAUGACGGCAAGUGCGGCGAUGUCAACGGCGCAUCAGACGGAACCAAAUACGCUAGUUUCAUAGAACGUGGCGAUAAACAAAAGUUUUUUAGAAAGUCUAUGUGCAGGCCAGCAGACAUGGUUCAAAUCGGGGACGAAAACGUCAAAGGACUUGAUAGCUACAUUUACACUUUCGAAGAUGACGCUUUCGAUAAUGGAUGGAGAAAUCCUGAACACAAAUGCUACUGUAGAAAAGGCCGUUGUCUACCAGAUGGUUUAAUUGAUGUCACAGACUGUUAUUAUGGUUUCCCAAUAGCAUUGAGUUAUCCACAUUUCUAUAAAGGCGAUCAAAUGCUUAAAGAACAAGUCAACGGAACCCAACCUGACAUCAAUUUGCAUCAAACGGAAAUUCAUAUCGAACCCAAUACCGGAAUGCCAGUGAAAGUAGCAGUUCGCCUGCAAAUUAAUAUGGUGUUUACAGAUUUAUCAAGUAUGGCAAAAGUUGGGCGAUUUUCAAAUAUGGUUCUACCUAUGCUUUGGUUUGAAAUUGGAAUGCCUGAACUUCCUAGCAGCAUAAAUAAUAAAUUCAUCUUCUAUCUCAACAUAAUGCCUGUUGCGGAACAAGUAAUCUUAUACGGAGGCUUUAUUCUCGGGUCAAUAAUGCUCAUAACAUCUAUAGUAAAGGUUCUGAUGACAGUUUCUUACAAAGGUCGUUCAAUAUCUGAUAAUUUCAAACAAUACAAUGUCCCUAAUUCUAAGAGCUGGUUGAAAGAUGACAACGGUAAAUCAACUGGAAAACACAUUCAAGGAUUUAAACAUCAGGGCCACAAGUCGAUGGAUCCGAUCAGUGAAAAGUAUUUAGGAAAAACGUCUGGUUCUAUUUAUAGUCCAUGCGAAGAAAACUUUAAAACCGAAGCACAAAGCUUAAUUGAUAUUGAUAAGUUGCAAAAUACAAAAAAACAAGGAGAAAACUGGUUAAAUAAGAGUUUGGGAGAUAUUUUGAAUAAAUCGUUAGAAAAAGCCAUUCCAUUCUUUUCGGCAGAAAAUGAGAAAAAUUACACCAAAACACCAACAGAGGACAUGAAGGAGAUGCAAAUAUAUAACAAACCUACUAGAAAAUUCAGCGAAAAUAAAGCUUUCUUAUGUAACGAAGGAAAUGAAAUGGGACAUGGUAUGCUAAAAUAUGGUGAUGUUAGUGAAAACUUGAGUGAUCUUGAUAACGAAUGCAAUAACGAUGAUUUGUCAGAGUCCAAUAGCGAUGAUCCUUAUGAUUACCACAAAGUACCAUCUGCUUCAAACUCAGAUAAUGAUGAGAAUGGUGAUGAAUACAGCGCUAAAAUUAACCAUGGAAUGGUUUAAGAUCGAGAUGCCUUAUUAUUUUAGAUAUUUCAAUACCCUUAAAUUAAGAAAUUACAGUACCAGAACCAAAAACUGAUUACUGAACUAAACUAAAUUUAGUAAAUU